CAUUCACUUAAAAGGAUAAAUCUCAACUCUACCUCUAACACAGCCAUUGCACUAUGAAUGGCCUGAUAUCCAUCAAGUUAUUUUAACAUACAUGAUAGCGAAUACAGCGCGAAUAAGGGACUGUUCACAGAUAUUUUGAUAUUUUACGAAGCUCUUGGCAAACGAAACCUGCCACAAGGCGCCAGUGCGAGUAGAUAGAGGUGAGAGAGAGACUCGUGGAGUGACUGAUGGAUAGAAACUACAAACACACAACCUUCAGGCAUAUGUUCUUUUCUUCUAAGUGUUAUGGUGGUGAUGAAGUGAAUCCCGUGGAGAACACGCAGAAAGAAUUUUUGUUCAGCAUUUCCGAGGUUUUAGAGGAAAGGAACACCCAUACACGUCCAUACAGAGGGGGAAGAAACAGGGAUGGAUUUGAAGGAGAGGAAGCAAAUCAAGGUGAAUGCUUACUAACUCUCAUGCCUCUGGUACGCACGUGAGAGAAAGAGUACAUGGCAACUGAGACUGUAUAUAGAAAAUUAUGACGUCAUAGGCCGGGCCAUAUAUCGUUGCUUAUAGGCCCGGGCAAGCUAGACUUCGGAAAUCUCACUGAACUGAACUGAGUGCAGGAUACGAGCAACAGGACAAUGAGCCAGGAUUACCCCAGCACAGUUUCCGGUCCACGGCAGACUGCGCAAAGAGCCCAAGAGCAAUCAGACGGUAGUUGUACGGGUAAAAAGGCGGCGCAGGUGACAGUAAUGAUGAUAAUGAUUGCUGUUUUUUUUGUCAUAAUGAUCGUGGCAUCCCCGCGUGGAGUGUCAGAAGGAGCUCUGGAUAUGUUAAUAGCUGUAGCUGUAAAUGCCGUCUUUGUCCUCGUCUGUUACAAAAUAUGCAAAUGUACAGGUGGAAUUCAAGAAUCACAGGAAGAGAACCAACAGAACGCCGGUGAAAUACCAGCCGGGCGUCCAGCGUCUCCACCCCAGGCCCCGAACAGGGCUCCAGAGUCCCGUCCAGCCACUCACACCUACACACUUUUAAAUUCCUUGACAGUUGGAGGCAACAACUCGUACCCUGGCAGGAAAGACUUCUAUCCCUCAGGCUCUCCGAGGCAGACGCCACCUACAGGAGCCUCCUCUUCGGCCUCCUACAACCCUUAUAACCCUUACCCAACGGCAAUUGAUUCCCUCCCAAGGGCCCCUGAGGAAGAGCCACCGCCUUCAUACGAACAGAUACAUCCCUCAGGACACAUUCCUGCCGGAGGUCCGACAGCAGGGACGCCAAUUGCUAGCGCCCCCGAACUGGAUCCUCCACCUCCCUACGCUCCUCCUCCUUAUGAAAAAUGAAGCCAUCGUGAUUUUUUAUUUUUUUUUAUGGAGCUGAAUAAAACCGUCCCCAAUCUGCGCCAUGGUGUGCAUCAGAGGCAGGGAAAGAGCCAUGUCCUAGUACGCUGGCUCAGUGCGGACUGGUAGGGGUCCGUGUAGUCCCCUUCUACAAGACGCGGUGACGCACGUUAGAAGAAUUCUCUUUACGUCCUCCUAACCGCAGGGAAAUUCCUCUCUUAGUUACCACUUUUAUUUCUCUCCUUUCCCUUUAAACCAUUCAAUUUCCCUCCUAUUCCUCUUCUCUCUUAGUUACCACUCUUAUUUCUCUCCUUUCCCUUUAAACCCAUUCAA